GCAAACGCAGGGAGCCAAGAGAACCAAGUACCAAGAAAAGUUCUCUGUUUUCUCUCUCUAAAUUCACAUAGGCGGGCUUCUCAUUUCCUGCCUUGUUUCAAAUUUCCAGGUUAUUUUGGCUUGAAUUGUGUGGUUGAGGCGAUUCAAUAGUUUCCAUGCCUCUGUUUAAGAGAAAGCCGUUCUCCUUGAUGGAGCCACCUCAAGAUUUGGAGCCCCAUGAGCUUGUAUUUCAAAUUCGUUUCACCAAGGAACUAUUCAGAUUUUACGAGAACUAUUUGAGGCGGAUAAAUCUCUAUCGCCAAAGAGUUUGGACAUGUAAAGUUACUGGAAAGACAAAACUUACAUAUGAAGAGGCUUUGAUCUCGGAGCAAAAUGCAACCAAGAAGGUCCAACAGUUCCACAAAGAACUUAUGGAGCCAGUACUACUUAUGGUCCAAUUUAGCACACUUGGGCUCAAUGACCUUGUGAAGACAAUAUCAAAGAGAUUGCAGGAGCCACUAGUAGAAGGCCAGGAGUUGAAUGGGAAAAAAGGAGAAGCUAUACAUCCAUGCAGGAUAUUGAAGGUUUUUGAAAAGGCUGAGAAUGGUUCAACCAGAAAAUCCUAUGAAGUUGGGUGGCUUGAUAAAGAUAACAAAGUAACUGAUAGAUCUGUAGAGGAUGCAGAGAGUCUAAUAUGGAAGAAGCAGCCGGUUAGUAGAGAUUUAAUUAAAGCUUUUAUUAGAGAGUCAACUUCUCGAAGUGCUCCAUGGAUGGUCCAUGAAACAUUGGCCAUGGAAUAUGGAAUACCAACCAAGCCCCCCGAGGAGUUAAUUGGCAAACGAAGCUUGCAGAAUGAGCAUCAGAAUUGCAUUAAGAAAGAAAAAACUGAUGUUAGAGAUGGAAGCCUUGGUAAGAAAAAGAGGUUAAAAGAGGAACCUGAGAGCUCUAAAGUCUUGCAAGAGAUAAAAGCAAAAACAGCACAAAAAUUUAAUGUGGAGAGAGAAAGAACAGUAAAAGUAAAAAACAGCAUACAAGAAGGAAAAGAUGGAAAAGCAGAUUUUGCGGAGGAGAAGAAACCCAGAGUGUAUAAGAGAAAAAGGAUAAAUGAAAAGAGCGAGAGCCUUGAAGGACUGCAAAACUCAAAAAAUGAAGAAACCAAACCUGGCAAGGAAGAGAAAGAAAGGAUGAAAGAAGAAAAUGAGAAUAUUGAGGGAUUGCAAAAGGUGAAGAAUGAAAAGAAGAAACCCAAAGUGGAAAAGAAAAAAGGGAAAAAAGAUGAUGGUGAUAAUCCUGAAGGAUCGCAGAAGAUAAAGAACGAAGAGAAAAAACUAAAAGGGGAAAAUAAAAAACGGAUAAAAGAAGAAAGCGAGAAUGCUGAAGGCUUCCAGAUUUCAAUGAAGAAGGAUGAAAAGAAACCCAAAGUGAAGAAGAACAGGAUAAGAAAAGAAAAUCAGAUUCCAGAAGGAUCCAAGGAGAAAAAGAAAUUAAAAACUGAAGAAAAGAAAACAAAUGUAGAAGUAAAGAUGAGCGAAGAGAAUGAGUACUCUAAUGGAUUGCCAAAGCAAGCGAAAUUCAUAGAACGUAAAGCCAUUAAAUACCCUAUUGAGGACCUCUUAGUGCAACCUGAUGAAGAUGGUCCAGUUUUUAUUGAUCAACCCACUCCAACAAGGGAUUUUGCGGUGCCUAUGCAUUGUGUAGGAGACCUUCUAACGGUUUGGGACUUCUGUUCAUCAUUUAACAGAAGUCUGCGUUUGUGGCCUUUCACUCUUGAAGACUUUGAAAAUGCGAUCAUGCAUCAGGAAAGCAAUCCCAGCAUUAUCGUAGAAGCUCACUCUUCAAUUCUUCAUUUACUUAUUGAAGAGAAAAGAGAGUACUACUCUAUGGUACAGAAAAGAAGGCGGAAAGCAAAGAUGACAUCUAUGAACUGGAGUGAAUACUUAUACGACUUUUUAGAGAUGGAAAAUGGACCAAAGUUUACUCAGCAGGCAGAGACUAUAAAAAGGGGGCACUAUUGUGCUCUGAGUGUUCAUGAUAAGUUGCAAAUUCUUCAUGAAUUGGUCGACCAUGCUCUUACAACUGAUGCCAUUAGAAGCCAGUUGGAUAAAUACAUUGAGCAACAGCAGAGCCUUGCAGCUUCUCAAAGAGAGGAGUUCAAAAAGAGGAGGGAAGUGAUUCAGGAACUACAAAAACAGCUAAAGGCAGGAUCUGAGACGAAGGAAGGACUGAGAAAUGAUGAUUGUAAUGGAAAGAUAGACAAAUUGAACAAACAAAAUGGAGAGAGAGAAAUACCAAAUGGUUUUGAGCUUAAACAUGCUAAUGGGCACAUUAGAAAUGGUUUAGAAGGAAAUGAAAGGGGUAUUUCAGCAAGCAACGAUCAAGAUUUGCAAGGCGGACCUGCAGAUGAUGAGAAAAGAGAUUCAACCCAGAUGGAAGAGCAGCAGGUGCAAAAUAAAGAGAAGGUCAAGGCCAAGAAAAAAGAAGAGCAGAAACUUAUAGAACAAACAAAGGCACACUUUGAGAGGGAGAAAGAGAAGCGAUUUAUACGAACCAAUCCUUUAGGAAAGGACAGAAACUACAAUAGGUACUGGUUUUUCCGACGUGAAGGAAAAAUUUUCGUCGAAAGUUCAGAUUUCAACCAAUGGGGCUACUACACUUCCAAAGAAGAGCUUGACAGAUUGAUGGGAUCACUUAAUCCCAAGGGGGAGAGGGAGAGGGCUCUUCAAAGGCAGCUGCAGAAACGUUAUUGGAGAAUAUGUGCUGCAUUGGCAAAGAGAUCAAGGGAAAUUGCUUAUAGGAUUGCUCGAGAGGAGGCCACAUUGCGCCGUUCUAUACGUGUACGAACCCAACCAAAGGAUCGCCAAGGAUUGUCUUUCCUCCGGUAUGUAAACAAAUGGAGGGAUGAUUAAUUGGAGGAGACUGGAUUUUUGAGCUCUCUUCCUUUUUGUCCACCUACUUCUCUUGUUUCAUUUAUUGAUGCAUAAACACAUUACAUGCAAUUUUGGUUUAGACCUACCCUCAAACUGAUCGAGGUGCUCCUUUGUAUAGAGAAAUGAACCCUCUAACCUUCCUUUCUUCAUCUGUUGCCUGCAAAAGUGGGAAAAAAUGUACGAAUUUUGGAGUGUAAAGAGGUGAUAAUGUACAUCACUUUUUGUAGCUCUACUCUUAUCUUUAGAAGCCUAUGUAUUAACUUUUCCAUUUC